UUGACGUGUCGGUGACUAAUGGCAACGUAACCUUGAGAUUUAUGACCACAUGACUGACGCAAAUCAAGUUCACAUUUAAUUGUAAAUUUAUAUGUGUGAUUUAAAGGAGGUUGUAGUGAACCAGUGUAAAAUAAAAUUUAAAAAUCCUAAAAAAAAAAAAAAAAAAAAAAAACAAACCCACACGCAAAAAAACUGGCAGUGUGAAUCAGUUUGAAACAACAUGGAUGUCGACCUCCAGCCUGUUGCAGGCACCAAAGAAUGUUGCUCAUGUAUGGAAGACUGUGGGGUGAGAGACCCUGAAAGUAUGGUCUUUGGAACCGGACGACUACCCACAAAGAGACAUCAUCACCCCCUCCCAGAUGCUGGGAGGUCCACAAAGGUAGCAUCUGAGGAUACGUUGCCAGCCAAAAGGACCAAGCAUAUGAACCUAAUAACCAGCGUCAGAGCCACUAAGGUGUCUGUGAAGGCUUCGCUGUCUAAAAGGACCAAAUGCAAAACCAGUACCACACUGGAGACCCUCAAAGAGCAUCAGACGGUGAAAGUCACAAAGGUGUCUGUAAGGGCAAGAUCGGCUAAGGGGAACAAACAGAAGACUGCAACCAAACCAGAAACCCUACUAAGGAAGCGAAGGAUCAAGACCACCACGGUGUCGAUGAAGGUCAGGCCUGCUAAGGGGACCAAGCGGAAAGCUGGCACAAAAUCUGAAACACUUGUGAAGAAGCAGAGAUUUGAAACCACUAAGGUGUCCGUAAAGAUUGUAACAGCAAACGGGUCCAAAAAUAAGUCUAGACCCAAACCCCAGACCCUUAUGAGAAAGCACCAAGGUAAAUCCAAACCAAAGACUCUCUUUAGGAAGCACAGAGGUAAAACCAAACCAGACAUCCUGAUCAGGAAAACAAAGGGUAAACCCAAAAUGGAGACCUUACCUGGGAAUCGCGGGGCUAAGACCCGAUUGGAAAUGCUAACAUGUCAUCGAGGGACUAAAGACAAUCCAGAGAUUCUUAAAAGGAGGCAAGGUGGUAUAAACGAGUCGAUGAAUUUUGUGGCUGCAACCAAACGGAGAGCCGACACAAAACUGCAAAGCCUUCAAAAUAACCAGAGGACCAGAACAACCACUGUGCCAGUUACAGUCCUGAAGUCUCAAGGAACAAAACGGAAAACAAGUACCAAACCAGAGACCCUAACAAGGAGUCAGUGGCUCAAAGCCACCAAAAUGUCCAUGGUCCAACAGGCUGAAAAACGACUCUUGACCACAACCAGUCAAGGCUCCCUGGAUCAUAAGUAUCAGCAACUAGAGAAAAUCGGCGAAGGGGGCUUUGGAUCGGUCUAUGCUGGCUACAGGAAAGCUGAUUCAUUUCCUGUGGCCAUCAAACACAUUCCCAAACAUGAAGUCAAGAUCAUCUCCCUGAACAUAAAGGGGAGGAAACACGACGUUCCCGUGGAAGCGCUGCUCAUGCUGCAGGCAUCGUGCAUCAAGGACGCAGAUGGCCACUCGGCCGUCGUGUCUCUGCUGGACAAAUACGACUUGGAUCAAGAACUGGUGCUGGUCAUGGAGAAGCCGGCGCGAUCCGUGGACCUCUUCACAUACAUCACCAGAUGUCGGCUUGGACACCUCAAGGAGAAUGAGGCGAAGAACAUCAUGAGGCAGCUGGUGGACGCCGCCAUCAAAAUGCACGCAGUAAACGUCUUCCAUCGGGAUCUCAAACCGGGAAACAUCCUCCUGGAGGCCACUUAUGGCGUCCCCCGAGUGCGGGUCAUCGACUUCGGCUGCAGCUGCUUCGUAACCGAGGAGCCUUAUCAUGACUACACAGGAACCCUCUCCUACGCUCCUCCAGAGUUUGUCCUGAGGGGAACGUACAGGGCUGGCCCGACCACAGUGUGGCACCUGGGAGCCAUGCUCUUUGAGUUAUUAGCUGGAAGUAAACAGUUCGACACGCUCCUCUUUAUCUCCCAGAUGCUCCAACUCAAUCGGGUUCUGUCCCAAGACUGCAGAGACUUCUUGCAUAUGUGCUUGCAUUGUGACCCGGAGCAGCGCGCCUCCCUAGUGCAGAUCCACCAGCAUCCAUGGCUCAUUUGAUGAUUCACAAAAACUCAUUACCAUGUGGAGCAUCACGUUAUAGGCUCUUUUUUUUUUAAUUCCUCACCAACCAUAAAUGUACACUGUUGGAUGGUGUGUCAAUCAUCCAAACCCAAUUCCAAUGAAGUUGGGACGUUGUGUGAAACCUAAAUAAAACAGAAAAAUCAGGUUCCAUCUGUAUUGAAUUGACUAUACUGCAAAUAUAUUUAUUUUUGAUCCUGAUAUUUUUUUUUUUAGCAAAUAAUCAUUCACUUAGAAUGUUAUGGUGGUAACACAUUCCAGCAAAGCUGCGAUUACCAUUCCAGCAAAGCUGCGACCUGUGACUAUAUCUAUACACACAACUAUUUCUACAAUUUUCAGUAUAAGUAGGCUUCUGCAAUUAAAAAAAAAAAAGAACACAUCUUAA